AUGGCGGACGAAGACAUGGAGGCGCUCGAGCGCAUGAUGGCGGCCAUGGAGGCGAAGGAACGCGAGGCGGUGGACGACCACGUGACGAGUCGGUUUCCGAAGAUGCGCAUCGCGUGGGAGGCGAACGCGAUCGAGGGCGGCGCGGACGCCGUCGUCGUCGCGGGAUGCGCGCCGAUCGACGUCGGCGGUGGACGCAUGAAAGAGUUCGCCGGACACGCGUUUCACGAGCUGGCGCGGAUGAAGAGUGGGUUGAGCGCG